UUGACACUUCAAUUUGUGCUGUAUCGAUUAUUUGAAGUCCGGCUUCUCUAGUUUGUCUGUCUUUAAAGGUGUAAUUUCGUGUACUAAAAUAAAAAUUUGUUUACAGUGCUAAUAUUUGAAUCGCUAAAUACAAUCAUGGCUCAAGAGACCUUGAAAAAUAUAAGCCUGAGCCUUCCUUUUAGGACACCGCAUGAAGCAAUUAUUGCUUAUGAGAUUAUUAAGGUUGACGAGGAUCUGAAGGGGAACAAAGUGAAGAGAUAUGUGACAUUAAACAACACGGAGCUUGCAAUAAUCUUCGAGGGGACUGAUACAAGGAAGUUACGUGUUGCUGUUAAUUCUACAUUUAAAAAUUUGUUACUCAUCAUCAAGACUCUGAGCGAAUUUGGAUUUGGCUAAUUUCUGCACAACAAUGGCAGAACACACACCGGCCCCAACCCCCGCAAGAUCUUUGUAUGGUUUCAUUUUAUAUUUGUUCAGCAAGACUGCUUUGACUGUUUAUUGUAUUUGGGCUUUUGUUCCUGACUAUUUUUUACACUAUUUUAACAUUUAUUAUUACCCAGACAAGUACUGGUCUACAGCCAUACCUAUACAGUGUUUGGUUGCUUUAACAUUGUUUGCUUUUUUGAUAUAUCCAAGUUCCAAUUUCAUGCUGACUCGUAAUAUUGAUAGCUAUAAUACAAUUGCUGAUCCAGUAAAGCCUGUCAGCACAAGAUCAAGUUCCAAAGAACAAAAAACCCAUCAACCGCAGUCUGCAACCGAUCAAUGUAUUUGUGCUGACCAACGAAAUUGCGUAAAGUUGAGCUUCUCAAAUGUAAAAGAGAGUACCGUUCCAUCGCUACAAGAUUUGGAUUUUCGCUUUGUGUGUAGAAAAUUGUACUUGAAUACCCAUAAAUAAUGUCUUCAAUAGAAUUCAACCAAAGUAUUAAAUUUUCACUUAUCUUUCAUGUCUACGAUUGGUAGUAAGUAGAAUGUAGUAAAAGGUAGAG